GCAGCGGGCACACGGCAACACGCUCCCUCCUCUGCUCACCGCCUCACCCUGAUCCGGCGGAGCGGGGCAGGCCGCGGGCGGCGCCGCAGCGGGGCCGCGGGGGUUUUCUCUCGUGCGCGCACGCGCGUGGGGACUCGGCUCGAGGGUUUCCUUCCGCGAGCUUCCUGCCCCCACUUCCCCACGCCGGUAGCCCGCCGCCGCAGCCAUCGGGCGGGUUGAAAACUUGAAAUGAACGGUGCCCAACCCUGGGGAAUUCGUUGCCCUCCCAAUCCAUCUCCUCGAUCUCUCCCCCCAAUCCCCAUUGAUGUUCCAUAACCAGCUAGGGUUUUCAUCAACGGCGCCCUAGCCUCCUCUCUCGCCGCCGCCGCCGCCGCGGGCCGAUCCGCCGCCCCCCGCUGCCGUCGAGGGCCGUCGGAUAGCUCAUCGCGGCCUUCCGAUCGGCCUCAUGGACGGCAGAUCGAUAACGGGCCCUCAGCAGCCGGCCGCGCCGCCGCCGCCGCCGUCCCUGCUCGCCGGGGCUGAUCACCGCGGCGGCUCGGCUCUUCCGGACGGCUGCAGCCUGCCCAAGACGUCGUCGACGAGCCUGACGAAGUCCGUCACCGCGGUGCACGACUUCAGGGUGACCGACUACACACUGCUCGACGGCAUGGGCGUCGGCAGGUACGUCAGCUCCACCACCUUCGCCGCCGGCGGCCGCGACUGGGCCGUCCGGUUCUACCCGGACGGCGCCACCGCAGGCUGCGUCGGCCACGUCUCCGCCUUCCUGUACUACUUCAACCGGCAGGCGGCGGCGGCCGGCGUCAGGGCCCGCUUCACCCUGAAUCUGCUGGAGAGGGACGGGCGGAUGUCGCAGGCGACGAACCCCUACAUGAAGCACACCUUCACGCCGGCCAGCGACAACUGGGGCUUCAUCAAGUUCAUCGAGAAAUCCAAGCUGCAGCCAGGCUCGCCGUACCUCCACAAGGACAACCUGAUGAUCAGGUGCGUGCUGACCGUCGUGAUUGAUUCCCGGACGGUGGCGGACGAGGUGAAUUCGGUUGUCGUCCCGCCGCCGAACCUGCACCGGGAUUUUGGGGAGAUGCUGAAAGAUGGUGAAGGGGCAGACGUGACGUUCACUGUGGACGGCCAGUUGUUCCGUGCCCACAGAUGUGUUCUGGCCUACCGAUCGCCGGUGUUUCGAGCGGAGCUCUUUGGUCCACUGAAGGAGAAAGCUACAAGUUGUAUCAGGAUCGAUGACAUGGAGCCGUCAAUCUUCGAGGCUCUUCUUCACUUCAUCUACACAGAUCGUCUGCCGGAUAGCUGCAAUGAUGGUCGGAAUGCGGCGAUGCAGCACUUGCUAGUUGCCGCGGACCGGUAUGGAGUAGAGAGGCUAAGGUUGAUGUGUGAGAGUAAGCUCAGCGAAGCUAUUGAUGUUGAAACGGUGGCGACCACACUGGCCUUAGCAGAGCAGCACAACUGCUCACAGCUGCGACGAGCUUGCAUUGGGUUCAUGGCCUCGCCGAACAUGCUUGGCCCAAUCAUGGAAACCGAUGGAUUCAAUCAUCUUGUUGCAAGCUGUCCGUUGGUUUUGAAGGAGAUUUUGGACAAGGUGUCCUGCAUUUGGAGUGAUAAUCAGCACCGGUAACAAGUGAGUGAUAGUGAUACUGAAUUUUAGUUGCGUGUGCUUGUCUGCGAUCUUGUGCAUUACUGUAAUAUUUAGGGAGUAUGACUUCUCAUCAAUCAUGUAAGAACAGUAGCAUCGGUCCCAUGAACAGUAGCAGUGAUAUGUAACCAGUGUGACUUGUUUGCCCCCUUCGGUUGCAUAUCAGUGCCCACAAACUUUCUGUCAGCAUCAGUUUUCGUUUUCUGUGCUUCUGCUA